AUGCCGCUGUGUUUAGAUUUGAAUAUAGUUGCUGUAUUUAGUUGUAAAUUAAUAAUUAUAUGUACCUAUCCAUCUAUCUAUCAUCAUAUUAUACUAUCAUAUCAAAUGCGUUGGUUAAGUCUCGUUGUACCGUUCAUUUCGUUGGCGUCGGCCAUAACCACGUCAAGUGCCGAUCCAGCCCUCGCGACAUCUAUCAGCGAAGAAUUCACCACCAACAGCUCUUAUUUCGAGAACUACCGGUCCUCAGACCGUGUGUCAUAUACCAGUGAUGGUCUUGAACUUACGCUUGCCAAAAGAUACGAUAACCCAUCGAUUGUGUCGAAGUUCUACGUGAUGUUUGGCCGUGUGGAGGUCACCAUCAAAGUGGCCCCAGGCACCGGGAUCGCUACAACAUUGUACCUCCAGAGUGAUGACUUGGACGAGAUUGAUUUGGAAUGGUUGGGCGGUGAUACCACCCAAUUCCAAUCGAAUUAUUUCUCCAAAGGUAAUACCACCACCUACGAUCGUGGGGAGUACCACACAGUCAACGAGCCAAGCGACAAUUUCUACACUUAUUUCAUUGAUUGGACAGAAGAAAGACUCGAAUGGGGGGUCAGUGGAUCGGUUUCCCGUACUUUGUUAAACACUUCAUCUGAAGGGUAUCCGCAAACUCCAUCGAAGGUGUACAUUGGUGUAUGGGCAGCAGGAGACUCAAGUAAUACUGCAGGGACCAUUGAAUGGGCUGGCGGGGAAACUGACUAUUCAGACGCCCCAUUUGUCGCUUACAUUCUGAAAAUAAAGGUUACUGAUUACUCCACUGGUACAGAGUAUAAAUACGGGGAUAGUACUGGUGAUUGGGAAUCCAUUGAAGCAGUCGAUGGUACAGUUUUAGGAAAUCUUGAUGGUACCAGUUCUGCUUCUGCUACUAGCAGCUCUUCUAGCAGCUCUUCUAGCAGCUCUUCUAGCAGUUCUUCUAGCAGCUCUUCUAGCAGUUCCUCUAGUGGUUCUUCUAGUAGUUCAUCUGGAUCAUCUCAAACUUCAAGCAAAUCCUCAUCUAAAACCUCCACCAAAUCUUCAUCAUCAACAAAUGCCUCAGGUACCACCCUUACCUCGCAAACUUCUUCUAAGACCUCUGACUCGUCAUCUUCUUCAGAAUCUUCAUCCACUAGUGCUACAUCAAACAGUACAGAAUCUUCUGCCAGUGAGGCAUCCAGCAACGGCUCCCCGGCGGUCUCAACCAGCUUUGGAUUUUCUGGUAUUGCGGCUCUUCUAACAUGUUUUAUUUUGUCAACUUCUACUCUUUUGGUAGUGAACUGA